AUGUUCUAUAAAACCACAUCUCACAGUUGUGGUUCUAUAAUUUCUGCAAAAUACAGCUUAGCUAUGGCUUCAGAUAAUUCAACAAAGCUACAGUUACAGCUUACAGACGUUUAUGAGAUAGCAGAGAAAGUGGGAGAGCAGUUUGAGCAGCUCAUCAAGCAGUUUGGCUCGGUGCACAUGGGAACAGUGAUUCCAAUGGUGAUCAGCUCAUUGGAGCAUCUGGAGCAAUUUGUGGAGGAUCAUCAGCGACUGGAGAUCAGCAACAGAAAGCUACUGCUUCAAGUAGACAGUCUGGCCCAAGAGAGGGAGCAGAGGAUCAUGCUGAGUGAUAAAGUUGAUGAGGAGCAGUGUAAGCUGGAGGCUGAGAGAGAGGACAAGAAGAGGUUGGCAAUGCGGAUAGAGAGACUCUUAAUGAGGAACGAAGACCUGGCCAAACAACUAGACCGGAUGAAAGGCAAUUCACUGAAACCUGUUCCAAGAGGCCAAGACCCACUGAAUGCAUCGUGUAGCGAAGAGCAAAAGAGAUCCAAUUCAGUUAGCAGCAUGAUGAAUGAAACAUCGCUGGACUUUUACCCGAACGGAUCACUAGUAGCUGCAAAUGGCCCAGAUCGUUUACAGUUUCCUAGGAUGUCCAAACGUCUCUCUCAAGUGGAGCUAGAGCUGCAGAAAACCAGGAGGAAAUUAGUGGAAGCCCACCAUGGUUUGCAGACUUCCACAGCUGAGAACAGGGCACUCAAAGCUCAACUAGACGAGAGCAAAGCAGAAGCUGCACUCAGCACUUUAGAGAUAUCGAGUAGCAGUGGAGGGUCUAGUAAAGAUGGCCAUCCCAAGUUUUACAAAGAGGACCUACUGGCUGUGCUGAGAGAGAGGAAUGAGCUGAAAGAAGAGCUAGACGGAAUGAGGGAAGAACUGCAAUUGGCCAAAAAUGAGAUAAAGCAACUGCAACUGUAUUCUCCGCGACAUGCCUCCACUAAUUCCCUGCCUGGUUACUUCAACACCAGAGCACGCUCCACAACCAGAGUUAGAGAAAUUCUCGAUUCAAUCACCGAGUCACUCACUUCAGCCGAUCAACCAGAAACAAUUACAUAAACAAUCCUAAUUUUUAAAAGUUCAAUCUCAUUGUUUUAUAAUCCAUCCUUUUAUGUCAAUCUUACUAACCUUUUUGUUUGUGAUACAAUAACAUACUAGUUACUCUUGGGAAUGACCAAUUGAAUAAACAA